GGACGCCAGUACUCAAUCUGGCCAUUGAUCAUGUGAUUUGCAUCACAUGACACCCGACGUACACCCGGAAGACAGGCUGACACUAGAGCGCAUAGUGUCAGUGAGCCACUACCUGUCAGUACUGAUGUUAUAACGGUCCUGAAGCAGCACGACGAACACAUUGAAGAGGACGAUGAGUGAGGAGCAUUACCUAGAGCUGUGCGAGAGCCCAGUCCAGUUCGAGCAUGCGUCCAGCGUCAACAACGUCUUCUUCGACGAAGCAAACAAGCAGGUGUUUGCAGUGCGUUCUGGGGGUGCAACCGGGGUUGUGGUUAAAGGCCCAGAUGACAAGAAUUCCAUCGCCUUCAGAAUGGAUGACAAAGGGGAGGUCAAGUGCAUUAAGUUCUCCAUUGGAAAUAAAAUACUGGCUGUUCAAAGAACCUCCAAAUCUGUGGACUUCAUCAACUUCAUUCCAGAUUAUCCACACACUGAAUUCUCUCAGGAAUGCAAGAUGAAGAACGCCAGUGUUCUGGGCUUCUGUUGGACCAACUGGAACGAGAUCGUCUUCAUCACAGACCAGGGCAUUGAGCUUUACCAGGUGUUCCCAGACAAGCGCAGCGUGAAGCUAAUAAAGAGCCAGAGCCUCAGUGUGAACUGGUACCAGUACUGCCCCGAGACGGCCGUGCUGCUGCUUUCCACCUCCGGGCAGGGCAACGUGCUGCAGCCCUUCGUCUUCAGGAAUGGGACAUUGUCCAAAAUGACCAAGUUUGAGAUCGAGCUGCCGGUCGUCCCAAAGCCCGCAAAACUCAGUCUGUCGGAGAGAGACAUCGCUAUGGCAACCAUUUAUGGGCAGCUCUACGUGAUGUACCUCAAGCACCACUCCAGGACCGCCAACAGUCCCAGCGCUGAGGUGGUGCUAUACCAUCUACCACGAGAAGGGCUGUGUAAGAAGAGCCAUGUGUUGAAGCUCAACACCACUGGGAAGUUUGCUCUGAAUAUCGUGGACAACUUGGUGGUUGUGCACCACCAGAGCACACAGACCUCUUUAAUCUACGAUAUCCACCUCAGAGAGCCAGACUGUGCCCUCAACACACACCAACCUGUCCUUCCUGCCCGGUCCAUACACCCCUACCGGAUACCACUGACGGGUCCAGUGGUAGUUCCCUCUCAGCCUCCGGUCCCUUGCCAACUCUACUCUUCCUCCUGGAGUGUGUUUCAACCAGAUAUCAUCAUCAGUGCAAGUGAAGGCUACCUGUGGUACCUGCAGGUGAAGCUGCCCCCCACAGUCAACCUGCAGCAGGACAAAGGCAAGCUCAUGGACUUCCUGUUGCGCCGGCGAGACUGCAAAAUGGUCAUCCUCUCCGUCUGCUCCCAGAUCCUGGAAGGAGGAGAAAGAGGCAGUCUCCCCGUCGUGGCCACGGUCUUUGACAAGCUCAACCAGGUGUACAAGGAGUACCUGGAGGCGGAGCAGAUGUACACGCUGGCCAUGGAGUCUGGGCCGAGUCGGAACAGCGCCGCCCAGAAGAGACCUGUCAGAACCCAGGCGGUCAUCGAUCAGUCAGACAUGUACACACACGUCCUGUCUUCGUUCACAGAGAGAAAGGGCGUUUGCCAUAAGUUCAUCAUUGCGGUGCUGAUGGAGUACAUCCGGUCCCUGAACCAGUCCCAGAUCACCGUGCAGCACUACCUGUAUGAGCUGGUGAUCAAGACGUUGGUUCAACACAACCGCUUCUACAUGCUGCAUCAGUUCCUCCAGUACCACGUCCUCAGCGACUCCAAACCACUGGCUUGUUUACUUCUGUCGUUGGAGAGUACCUACCCCCCCGCCCACCAGCUCUCCCUGGACAUGCUGAAGCGGUUGUCCACAGCUAACGAUGAGAUCGUGGAGGUGCUGUUGUCUAAGCAGCAGGUGCUGGGAGCCCUGAGGUUCAUCCGCAGCGUGGGUAGUCAUGACAACGUGUCGGCCAGGAAGUUCCUGGACGCGGCGCAGCAGACCAGUGACCAGAUGCUGUUCUACACCGUCUUCAGGUCCUUCCAGCAGAGGAACCAGCGGCUCAGAGGAAACCCCGCCUUCAACCCUGGAGAACACUGUGAGGAACACGUGGUCCACUUCAAGCAGCUGUUUGGAGAGCAAUCCCUGAUGAAAGCUGCUACUGCCUGAAUGAGAGGAGAUGUGCACUUCAGACUGUACUAGACCAUGAUGUAGCUUGGAGCACAUCUCAUAUCAAACUUUGUGGACAAGAGAUGAAAUGAUCUGGAUUCAACUGGACUGGAUUCAACACACAUGUGUUGUCUCUCUGCGAUGCCUCUGUUUCCCCUGGUCUGUGUUGGAACACAUUGAUAUAACUCCACGCAGAGCUGGAGGAGGUCCGACCCCCUCUGACCUUUAUUCUAAAUGAUAAAAGUUUCAAAGGAAUCUAAAAUCUCUCUGUUCCUCAUGUGGGACCAUUUGGCAGAUCUCUCUGAGGUAAACCAAACACAAGGAGGUGUGUUAUGUUAAACGUUGUAGAAACACAAAACCAAUUUGUAUAAUUCAGUUUCUUUCGCCGUUUGUGAUUGACAAAAGGAUUUAAAAUAAAUAACAUAUCACACCAAAGUAUCCAUGACACACCUAAAUAUCUUGUCCAAAAGUAUAUUGAUAUCUCAAGGUUUGCUUAUAUAAACACCGUCUUUGAAAUACUGCUUGGUUCCGUUGCCGAAAGGUAAAAUACACCAGAGUACGAUUUGAUAGAUUUUACAUUUACUGAUGUGGGAAUGUCGAUUUUAUUGUAGUUUAACACUUAUUUCAAACCACGUUAAACGUUAAAACGUACACCUUAGGUGAUGGCUAUACAUGUUGUUUAUUUAGGUAGGAGAUAUGGAAUAGAGGUAACAGUUUCCAAAAUACUAUUAAUUAAUGACACUAGAAUAAUAUCACUUUAUAACACACAUACUAGCGAACUUUAGCAUCAUCUAAAGCUACAGGCAACCAAAUCAUUCGGAACAUGCCUCGUUCUUCUGACCGUAAAGAUCUUUAACCUCUAUUUAGAAGGUUUUAAUUCUGCUCCCUCUCCAUUGUGUCCAGACUCCUCUGGUAUAUCACAUUUUCUCGUGUUUGGGGUUAAAACUGGGAAAAUGUUUUGUUUGUUUAUCAGUUUUUUGGCUCUUGCCAAGAUAAUGGAUUAGUGGACACCCACAGACUCAAGGGUUGAGCUAUUUCUGGCGGGACGCCCUAGUCUCUAUCAGCUAACCGCUAACACAUUGUCCAAUCAAACGCACCUGCACAGAAGUUGGUCAAAUGAAGACUUUCCUUCUCUCACCAACGGUCUCGGGGAAGUUAACUUCUGUGCUGAAUUACACUUCCUGUCUUCUGUUGGCCUUACUCACCAUUCAGUUCAACAUGUCGCUCAUCAAACAGGUGACAGACCCCCGUGAAGACAAGAAAUAGACCAGGCCCGUCCUGCGUAACAACAGGGAUGGCAGAUUGGUAUGUACACCUCUAGAAGUGAGAUGAGGGGCCAGGAUGCCCCCGAUACGAAUACACGCCGAGUUAAGAUCCACCCCACUCUGCCUGGAACCAUUAAACAAAUUGCCUGGAAACAUC